AAAAAAAAAAGAAAAAUAGCAGCAGCCGCGGCCGUUGGGGAACAGAGUAAAUAGAGGGAGAAACCUCAAGAUGGCUGACUCGGAGGGCUCCGCUCACCUUCCCGGAGCUGCGGCUGUUCCUCUUUCUCCUCCGCGUGCCUCGGUCAAAAACGGUCUCGCUAAAGUAACCGCUGACAGCCACCCGCAGUAUUCCGGAGCUUCUAGCCCACCGCCACCCAAGAAGCUCCGAGUCGAGGAGAGGAGCGUUAAACCGAAGAAAGUCAGCAAGUACGGAGCUGAUGGAAGCAACGGGAAAAAGAAACCGCAGCUACAGAGUUGUGGUAGCAGCGGUAGCGCGGGUUUAUGGAGCUUCAGCCCGGUGAAGGCGAGCAGCAGCGACCAGCCAGUGCCUGCUACCGGUGGAUCCCAGCCUCUCAAAGUCUUCAAACAGAGCGAUUUCUUCCUCCACAAGGCGCCUUCCUCGAAACCCAAGAGUAAAGAUAAACAGAAGGAAAGGGAGAGAGAGAAGGGGAAAGGAGGCGGGGAGGAGAAAAAGAAACAUAAACUGUUGUUGACCUCCAGUGUUGGGAAUAAUGUUAGUAGUAGCAGCAACGCCAUUAAAGGGUAUAUCAACAUUUCUGCAGCGAAGAGAGAAAAUGGAGAUGUCCUGUUACCAUCACAAGAGAACCCUUGUAAAGACAAGAAGAAGGAGCGCGAAAGGAAGAAGGUCAAAGAACGAGAGAAAGAGAAGAAAAAACACAAAGUGAUGAAUGAGAUCAAGAGGGAGAAUGGCGAAGUCAAGCAGCCGAUUAAAGAAGAAAGAGAGAAAGUAAAUAUCAACUCGGAGGAACUGCAAAUCAAAAAAGUGAAGAAGAAAAAGAAGAAGAAACACAAAGAAGGGGAGAAGCACAAGCGAGUAAAGAUGUACCACCGCUCCUGCCAAACCGUCUGCGCUGGUCUUCUUCUCCUACCACCUUCUUCUACAGCAGCCAACUCUCUCUCAUCCGCGGAGCAAACUAAUAACUCUGCUUCAUCACCUUUCAAGUCUCCUCUGCCCGUUUAUCUUUCACCUGAUGACGAAAACUCCAAAUUCUGGCCUUCUUCGCCUCCUUCUAAAUCAUCCUUUUGCUCAUCUCCUCUAAAGCCCCCAUUUUCUACAAAACACGCCUCAAAGAGCAUCCAUCCUGGAAAGGCGGGCCUGGAGUUCGCCCCCUAUAUAUAUAUUGAAAACCAGCCUAAUGGAGGAGCUCUGGUAGCCCAUGCGUAUGCUUCUCAGCUCUCAUCUCUCUCUCUGGACCAGAGACAAAGAUUUGCCCAAGAGUUUGUCACUUUGUCGUUCAGUGAGGACUCAUCCAAGGCCGCUCAUUAUGUCAUGGGAAUAGUUCACGGAGAAGCCAAGAACCUCCCUGACUUCUUGGAUUACUUUUCAACCAAGUUCCCAUCAGCUCCAGUCAAAAUGGAAAUACUAGGAAAAAAGGACAUAGAAACAACCACUAUGGCUAAUUUCUACUCUCAGGUGAAGAGAACUUACAGCAAUGGCACAUAUAGAGCUGGAGCGAUGAGACAGAUUAGCCUGGUAGGAGCCGUGGACGAAGAGGUCGGGGAUUAUUUCCCAGAGUUCCUCAGCAUGCUGGAGGAGUCCCCCUUCCUAAAGCGGACUCUUCCAUGGGGAACGCUUUCCAGCCUCAGAGGCAUGAGUCCAACAAAGAGCGACGAUGGUCCCAUAAUGUGGGUCAGACCAGGAGAACAGAUGAUACCUGUGGCAGAUAUACCAAAGUCUCCUUUUAAAAGAAAGCGCUCCACUAACGAGGUAAAGAAUCUGCUCCAAUCGAUGCCGAGAACCAGCGAGCCCAGAGAGGUGCUGUUUGAAGAUCGGACCAGAGCCCACGCUGAUCACAUCGGUCAGGGCUUUGAGCGUCAGACCACAGCAGCUGUAGGGGUGCUAAAGGCCGUCUGUGCUGUGGAAAGCUCGGAGCCUCCUCGUGUAACCAAAGAUGUGGUGUGUUUCCACGCUGGUGAUUUCCCUUGCGUCGUCCAGAGGCUGCAGUUGGACUUGUACGAACCUCCGCUGUCUCAGUGCGUGCAGUGGGUGGAUGAUGCCAAACUAAACCAGCUCCGGCGGGAAGGCAUCCGCUAUGCCCGCAUCCGCCUUUGCCACGACGACAUCUACUUCAUCCCCCGCAAUGUGGUCCACCAGUUCAAGACAGUGUCUGCCGUCUGCAGCUUGGCAUGGCACGUCCGCCUGCAGCAGUAUCACCAAAAAGAGGAAGAGGAGGAGCAGCGGAGCGAGCUGAAAGAAGAGGAAAACGUGGCCGUGACCAAGGAGCAGGAUGGAGAGAAGAGAGAGAAUGAAGUGAAGGAGGAGGUGGAUGUGGCAGAUAAAAGGACGUUGCUCACUGAAGUAAAGGAAGAACAAGAUGAUCGUCCUCUGUCCGCUCAGCCCUCUCUCUCAGAUGUCAGCAAAGAUGAAGAGUUGGAAACCGGAAGGAAAGCGGAUGAAAAACCCAGAUGGGAUUCUUCUCCUUCAAAGGGGAAGGCAGAGGCUCCAGCUUCUCCUUGUAAGAAGGAAUCAUCAUCGCCUCUUCCUCCUCCUGCUUCUCCUUCUUCUCAUAAGGACAUGAAAUCCAAAGGCUCAGCUAAACCUCUGCCUCACCUUCACUCAGACAGCAGGACGGGGUCUUCCGGUACAAAUGUCCCCCCGUUGGCUCAGAAAUCCUCAUGUUCUCCACCGUACUCCAAGUCUUCCACCUGUGUGUCAUCCUCUCCUUCAGCUGGAGCUGCCUUCACUUCUUCUCACACUUUGUCUUCUACCUCUUCUCCUUCCUCUGUUUUGCCCACCUCUUCUCCGUCUACUUCCUCUUCCUCCCUGACGAGUCCCAAGUCUGCGGCAGAAAGUCUUUUAAAAGCUCUUCCACCUUCCAACGGUUCGUCUUCCUGCCAGCUACCUGCCUCUUCCCAGUCGGACAAUAAGGAUUUGAUCGCCCGGACGCAGGCGCAGUCAGACGUAAGGAUGUCGCAGGGCCGACCUGCCGCAGACCGAUGGACUCACCCGGCAACGGAAACACGGACACAAACGCCCUCCGAGUCAGAGACGAGGACUCACAGCACCGACUCUGACUCCAGGACAUUCAGUGAUUUGCAUAAACAUCUGGCGCCAGACGCCUCACGGCCAGGGGUCUACAUGCAGCAAUACCCAUCCCCACACCUCCCUCAGAUGCUUCCUCCUCCUUUUUCCCCCCUCCUGCCCCACUCCCAUCUUCCUCAUCAGCCUCCCAUCCUCCCACAAAACCCCAUCUCCAGCCAUCCCCAUGAGCAGCGCUCUCUGAACUCUUUCCUCAGUCAGGCGGGACCGCCACAUUCGGUUCACCUGAACCACCCUUACCCGCCCCCCCAGUCCAGCCUCUCCUCACAGUCUCACUCCUACUUCCAGCCUCCCCUCAUGUCCCCCUCCUCCUCUUCCUCUCAGCCCCUCACCAGCUCCCAGUCUGUCCCGCCUCAUUUCUCCUACCAUCACCAGUUUGCCAAAACCUUCUUCCCCCCCCAGCACUCCGGCUACCCCUCUCACCCCUUCCUCCCCCAUCAGUCCUUCCUCCCACAGCCGCCCGGUUCUUACCCACUACAGCCACAGUACCAAACCCCAGGACCGAUGCAGCCUCAGCUCCAUUUGUCGCAGUCUUUCACUCCCCCUCAACCCCCUCCUCCCCCAUCCUCCACACCGCCUCCGCCUCCUCCCCCUUUCCCACCUCCUCCCCCCUUUCCUCAGCACUCCCCUUCUAUCUUCCCUCCUCCUCCAAGGCAUGAUGAUGAGCAGAAACAGAUUUUAUAGUGGUAUUUGUACAUAGUGAUGCUAAAUUUAAAUAACUGUAAAUGUAAGAGGUUUUGUUUUGGUUGUGCUGUUGUAAAACUGUAAAAAAGAACAGAGGAGGAAGUAAAGUGUGUUAUUAAGGAGCCUGGGACUAAAAUACUGUGCCUUUCUGAAGCAUUUAUACCCUGAACUUUUCAUUUUGUCACACUACAAGUAAUCAUCUUGAAUAUAUUUUAUUGAGGUUUUACUGGACAGUUCAACAUGAAGUAGUGCAAAGGAAAAUGUGUUAAAGAUUUUAAAGAUAAAGAUAUAAAAAAAUAAAAAAGUGCAGCUUUUAUUAUUUAGCCCCUUU